AUGCUGAACCCGCCGAAGCCCAUGCCAUUCUUUGAGGCCCUUGCUUUCGCAGAAGUGUUUUCGGCUUUGGCGAGCAGAGUGCCGAAGUUGGUGCCCCCGUUCGGCAUGGCGGUGGUGCGCUUGAAAGAGCAUUUGGCAGGCAAAGUGUGCCAGCUGGACUUCCAAUUGAGCUGCUUGCAGCAAGCCGUCUUCUUCAAGUCGCAGUUGUACCAGAGCUUCUUAGACCACCACUUUGAGUUCCGCUUCGAGGCCGCGGUGGCCAACCACGGUGGGGCUGAUGUCGAGCGAUUGGAAGAAGUGAAGGCCCUCAUUGCGGACGGCCGCGGCACGGAUGAGAUCAAGGAGUGCUUGGCGCUUGCUGCGACGAUGUUGGGCUUAGGUGAGGAAGGUGUGAAGUUGGAGUUCCUCAUGUCCCAAGAGGAACGGCUCAGCAAAUGGCGGGCCUGGCAACCAAAGGACCCCCGCUUGCAACUAGCGCCGCUCUUAGUACGCAGCCAGGUCUGGAAGAAGACAGCUGGCCGGGAGUUUGCUGAGCUUGUGUCUAUGCUGGCUCCGUGGAAAGGAGCCAUCGCUCACCUGUCACACCCGGUGCUGAAGCAGCUGGUCUUUUUGCUGAACAAGUUGCUCGCGAUCGACAGCCUUGAGGAAGCUUCGCGGAGUCAUGCUGAGGCCUCGAGGGUUGAACUGUUGUUUGCCGGCGAGUUUUUCGGGCGGAGCUCUGCCUGCUGA